GAGGCCGCACGGACGGCCGGACAGAGACAGCGGGCCGGACGGACAGAUCUGCUUCACCAAGACGAGUAAACUGUGUGGGGCUGUUCUGAUUUCUACCUGCAAGUGUCAUUUUAAUGAAGAACAAAAUGCCUGCCUUUCCCUUCCCGUCCUGCAAAUGGCCAUUUGCAACUCCUGCCGUCUUGAUCCUCUUAAUUGUGGCAACUUCUGUGUGGAGCCAGAGCAAUGAAACCACCCCUCUGCUCUCUAGUAACGGAGAACCAUUUCCCUGGCAUCAGAUGAGACUUCCUCAACACGUCCUCCCCGUUCAUUAUGAGCUCAUGAUCCACGCCAAUCUCACCACCCUGACCUUCCUAGGAUUCACUGAGAUCUUAGUUUCCGUCCAUCAGACCACCAGUGCCAUCAUCCUGCACAGCAAAGACCUGCACGUUACCACGGUGACUCUUUGGGAGGGGUCCAGAGCCAGUCACCCCGGGAGAAAGCUGACCGUGUUAGAAUAUCCUCCGUAUGAGCAGGUGGCCCUCGUAUCUGCUGAGCCGCUCCAUGUCGGACGGCAGUAUACGGUAGCCAUCGAAUACACUGGUACUCUUUCGGAGGGUUUCAGUGGCUUUUAUAAAAGCACCUACAAGACUCAAGAAGGUGAAAUGAGGACUCUUGCGUCCACCCACUUUGAACCAACGGCAGCCCGUAUGGCUUUUCCCUGUUUUGAUGAGCCAGCCUUCAAAGCCACUUUUGCGGUUAGGAUCAGAAGAGAUCCCAGACACUUGGCCCUCUCCAACAUGCCAAUUGUGAGAUCGGUGAGUGUUGCAGAAGGCCUCAUGGAGGACCAGUUUGAUGUCACUGUGAAGAUGAGCACGUACCUUGUGGCCUUCAUUGUUUCAGAUUUUAAAUCCGUCAGCAAGAUGACCAAAAGUGGGAUCAAGGUUUCCGUGUAUGCUGUACCUGAGAAGAUAAACCAAACCAGCUAUGCGUUAGAUGCCGCAGUAACCCUUUUAGAGUUUUAUGAGGACUAUUUUAGUAUUCCCUAUCCCCUUCCCAAACAAGAUCUAGCUGCCAUUCCUGACUUUCAGUCCGGGGCCAUGGAGAACUGGGGUCUCACCACGUACCGAGAAUCUGCUCUGCUGUAUGACCCUGAAAAGUCAUCUGUGUCAGCCAAGCUGGGGAUCACCAUGAUAGUGGCCCAUGAACUGGCCCACCAGUGGUUCGGGAACCUCGUCACCAUGGAAUGGUGGAAUGACCUCUGGUUAAAUGAAGGAUUUGCCAAAUUUAUGGAGUAUGUAUCUGUCAGCGUCACCCACCGUGAACUGAAAGUGGAAGAUUAUUUUUUCGGCAAGUGUUUCGAUGCCAUGGAAGUGGAUGCGUUGAACUCCUCCCACCCAGUCUCUACGCCUGUGGAGAAUCCCGCUCAGAUUCUGGAAAUGUUUGACGACGUCUCCUAUGAAAAGGGGGCUUGUAUUUUGAACAUGCUAAGGGACUAUCUCAGCGCAGAUGGAUUCAAAGCCGGUAUUGUACAGUACCUACAGAAAAACAGCUAUAAAAACACAAACAAUGAAGACCUGUGGAAUAGCAUGACAAAUAUUUGUCCUGACAGUGACCCCCAGGAGAGUGGUGGAUUUUGCUCUGGAAGUCAGAGAAAGACUUCAACCUCACACUGGACGCAGGAGAGCGUGGAUGUGAGGAUGAUGAUGAACACAUGGACCCUGCAGAAGGGUUUCCCUCUGAUCACCGUCACCAUCCGAGGAAAGAAUGUGCAUCUGAAGCAAGAGCACUAUAUGAAGGGGAGGGAUGCCACUGAGGAAGACAGUUCCUUAUGGCACGUUCCGCUGACAUACAUUACCAGCAAAUCGGAUGCUGUCCAGAGGUUUUUGCUGAAAACAAGAACAGAUGUCCUGAUACUCCCUGAAGAGGUGGAAUGGAUCAAAUUCAACGCAGGCAUGAGUGGUUACUACAUUGUGCAUUAUGAAGAUGGUGGAUGGGAUUCUUUGAUCAGCCUUUUAAAAGAGCAGCCUGAAGCAAUCAGCAGUAACGACCGGGCAAGCCUCAUUAAUAAUGCAUUCCAGCUUGUCAGCGUGGGGAAACUCUCCAUUGAGAAGGCUCUGGAUUUGACCCUAUAUCUGAAACACGAAUCACAAAUCAUGCCAGUGUUCCAAGGUCUGAACCAGCUGAUUCCCAUGUAUAAGCUGAUGGAGAAAAGAGAUAUGGAUGAUGUGGAAACCCAGUUCAAGGCUUUCCUCAUCAGAUUAUUGAAGGGGCUCAUCGACAAGCAGUCUUGGAGUGACGAGGGCUCCGUCUCUGAGCGUAUGCUGCGAAGCCAGCUCAUCCUCCUGGCUUGCGUACGGAAGUACCGGCCCUGUGUGGAGAAGGCGGAAGGAUUCUUUAAAUCGUGGAAGGAAUCCAAUGGAACGUUAAAAUUGCCAACUGAUGUGACCCUGGCCAUCUUCGCUGUUGGGGCCCAGACAGACGCAGGCUGGGACUUCCUCUUCCACAAGUAUCAGUCAUCCCUAUCCAGCACAGAAAAGAGCCAGAUAGAAUUUGCUCUCUGUAUCAGCAGUAAUCCAGACAAACUCCAGUGGUUGCUUGAUCAAAGUUUCCAGGGCAAUGUGAUAAAGACCCAGGAGUUCCCAUACAUUCUCUCGUUGGUUGGCAGAAACCGGGUUGGCUAUCCUUUGGCCUGGAAGUUUCUGAAGGAAAACUGGAACAGUCUCGUCAAGACGUUUGAACUUGGCUCAACAUCCCUAGCACACAUGGUAACUGGAACGACCAAUCAGUAUUCGACGAGAGCCCGGCUUGAAGAGGUGAAAGGAUUCUUCAGCUCCUUGAAAGAAAAUGGGUCCCAGCUCCGCUGCGUUCAACAAACGGUGGAAACGAUCGAAGAAAACAUACGCUGGAUGGACGUUAACUUUGAAAAGAUCAAAGUGUGGUUGCAAAAUCAAAGCAAAGGAGUGGAACUGUAGUACAAUCCCUGGAUGGCUGUCUCCAGAUCAUUUUGGUUACCAACAUUCAGACUGGAAUUUUCACUGUUCCAAAAUUAUCCAAAUUUUAAAGGACCGAAUUAGGUAAGGUCUUACCUGGAAAAAAAAAAUGAUAGAUCGGAGGUGGGAUUUGGAUAACAGGACCACCAACUCAUUCAGAGCAGCAAAUGCCUCCGGUCCGUGUGGGGGAAGCGUUUGAAGAGGGUAAGUGACACAGGGCCAGGGUGGGAUUCAAAGUCAGGGUAGGAUGUUGAGUUAUGGGAAUCACCUAACCUUUGGUAUUUGACAACAGUAAAUGAUAAAACUUAGAAAUGACCUAUUUUCCUAGUAAAAACCAACACAAACACAAA